AUGCCUGCUGAGUUCCUUGCCACGCACCCCCCUCCACUCUGGCUCACUCUCUACCACCUAAUCACCCGCCUCCCUGACACACUGCAUGCUGUCAGGGACCACUUCCUAGCUCGUUGCCCCACUGAGCUCACCAUUGCCCUCCUCGAGAAGGAGCUACUUGCAGCUGAGACUAGCAUAGUCGCUGUAGGUGCCUCUCGUGGCGACCCCCGUACCCCUUUCUUUGAGGGGUGUUCUCCUUCCCCCCUCCUUCCCUCUGUCGCCUCUGCUGCUGCUGUCCACCUUCUUGGUGCUGAGAAGGUCGGCGCUGCGUCUGCCUCGAGCGGACGCCGCUGCGGCAAGGGCAAAGGGGGCAAGGGUGGUGGCGGUGACGGCGGGGGAGGCGGCGGUGGGAGCGGUGGAGGCAGUGGGGGUGGUGGCUCGGCUGGAGGGGCGAGUGGUAUCGGUGGGGGUGGUGGCGGCAGCGACGGGGGAGGUGGCAGGAGUGGAGGCGGCGGUUGGGGUGGCGGUGGACGAGGCGGCGGCAGGGGUUGGGGUGGUCGAGGAGGUGGCAGCGGUGGUGGUGGCCGUGGAGGCACUUGCGGUGGCCAGGGCCAGCAGCACACUCCCUCGCCCCAGGAGUGUGGACGACCGCACGCCACACAGCGCUGUUUCUCUCGUCUCGACGACGCUUGGCGUGUUCAGUUCCCUCCGGCCACUGAGCUGCCCCGCUGGCUUGAUCUCGUGAAGAAGGGGAUUGAUAUUUAUGCUCUAGACUUUGAUGCUAUUCUAUCUGCCAUGUAUGUGAUGUCUACUAGUGGAGAGGGUGCUGAGUACUUGUGUGUGCCGCCCGACCCAGGCAUUAGGGCCAGUGCGUCUGCCGCUCCAGGUACUCGCGUGUCGGCUACCCCAGGUGCUGGUGAGGCUGCUGCUCUAGGUGCUUGUGUGUCUCCCCCCCUUGGUACUGCGUCGACUGCCGCAGUGCACACCUUCACACUGGUCUCAGGUGCUUCUCGCUGCUUCUUUCAUGACCGCACUGCCCUUGAGCCGCUUGCUCGGCCAGUUGCUGUCUCCCUUGCUAACCCCUCUAGGGGUCCGGUCAUUGCGACCUCUUCCACUGUCCUUCCCUGCCUUGCGGUCCCGUCGGGCACACUGUCAGGUCUCCACCUCCCCUCGUUCUCUACGAACUUGGUGGCAGGAUGUGCACUCCAGGACGGGGGUGUUCACCAGUUCACCCCUGCCUACGAGCGCGUGACACACUGCACGUGUGCUCGUACGGGCCGUCACUUGGCUACCUUCACUCGGCAGCCGGGGUCGGACCUGUACACACUGACUACUGAGUCCCCUCAGGUUGCUGCGACUGCGUCCGCGUCCGCGUCAGGUCAGCUGUCCGCCCCCUGCUCGUGUCGCUCUUUGGCAUACGAGACUGUCCUCUGGUCCCACCGCCUUGGCCACCCGUCUGUGCAGCGGCUUCGUGCCAUGCACUCCCGGUACCUUGUCUCUGGCCUGCCCAGAGUCCUUCCUGCCCUCCCACCCUCGCCUGCUCCUACCUGUCUCCCCUGUGUCGAGCGACGGCAGCGCGCGGCUCCUCACUCCUCCUCGUUCCCCCGGACGACUGCUCCCUUGCAGACACUCCACAUGGACGUGUGGGGCCCAGCCCGCGUCCGUGGUCAGGGUCAGGAGAGGUACUUCCUGAUAGUUGUUGACGACUACUCGCGCUACACCUCGGUCUUCCCCUUGCGCACCAAGGGUGAGGUCCCUGAUGUCUUGAUCCCUUGGAUCCGCAGAGCACGUCUCCAGCUCAGCGAGCGUUUUCACUCGGACUUUCCUCUCCUGCGCUUGCACUCUGACAGAGGUGGUGAGUUCUCCUCCGACCUCUUGGCAGCCUACUGUGCUGAGCACGGCAUUGAGCAGUCGUUCACGCUUCCGGCUUCUCCACAGCAGAAUGGGGUUGCGGAGCGCCGCAUUGGCCUGGUCAUGGAGGUCGCCCGUACCUCCUUGAUCCAUGCGGCUGCCCCCCACUUUCUGUGGCCGUUUGCGGUCCGGUACGCUGCGCAUCAGCUCAACCUCUGGCCCCGUGUCUCCUUGCCGGAGACCUCGCCCACGCUGCUGUGGACGGGGGAGGUUGGCGAUGCGUCGCGUUUCCGGGUCUGGGGGUCUCGAGCUUUUGUCCGCGAUUCGUCUGCGGACAAGCUCUCCUCCCGUGCUGUUCCCUGUGUCUUCCUCGGCUUUGUCCCGGACGCGUCUGGUUGGCAGUUUUACCACGCCACCUCGCGCCGAGUCUUGCCCUCCCAGGACGUCACUUUUGACGAGUCUGUCCCCUACUACCGCCUCUUCCCCUACCGCACUGCCCCGCUCCCCCCCCCGCCUCUCUUCCUCGCGCCAGGUGCUGCUGUUGCAGACCCCCUCCCCCCUCAGGGUGCUGCUCCCUCAGGUGUGUCUCAGGUAGACCCGGUUGAGCUUGUUGAGGUAGCUGUCGACUCUCGUCUUGCUGGGGGUGCUGAGCCUGGGGGUGCUGAGCCUGGGGGUGUGGAGCCUGGGGGUGUGGAGCCUGGGGGUGUGGAACCUGGGGGUGUGGAGCCUGGGGGUGUGGAGCUUGAGGGUGCUGAGCUUGGGGGUGUGGAGCCUCGUGGUGCUGAGCUGCGGAGUCCAGAGUCUGGGGGUUCUGAGUCUGGAGGUACUAGGACUGGGAGUCUUGCACCUGGAGGAGCCCUCUCCUCGGAGCAGCUGCGUGCGUGGUACUUAGAGUACAGCAGCCUCCGGAGAGGUACCGCUCGAGCCGGACGUACUACUGGGACUGGUGCUAGUGCUUCUUCUCCCGUUCAGGAGCUCCCCUCCCGCGAGCGGAUCCGUGAGUGGUACGAGCGGCGCUGCACUCUUCGGAGUGGCGUGCCUCGUGUUACGGACCCUGCUGCUGCUGGAGCUGCUGCUGGUGCUGAGGACCCGGGCGUUGGAGCUGCUGCUUGUGCUGAGGACCCGGGCGUUGGAGCCGCUGCUGGUGCUGAGGACCCGGGCGUUGGAGCUGCUGCUGGUGCUGAGGACCCGGGCGUUGGAGCCGCUGCUGGUGCUGAGGACCCGGGCGUUGGAGCCGCUGCUGGUGCUGAGGACGCGGGCGUUGGAGCUACUGCUGGUGCUGAGGACCCAGGCGUUGGAGCUGCCGCUGGUGCUGCGGACCCGGGCGUUGGAGCUGCUACUGGUGCUGAGGACCCAGGCGUUGGAGCUGCCGCUGGUGCUGAGGACGUUGGCGCUGGAGCUGCUGCUGGUGCUGCGGACCCUGGUGCGGGUGUCCCUGCUGGCUCUGGUGUCGCUGCUCGAUCUCGGCCGUACUUUGUUCCGCUCCUUCAGCAGGUUCUUGGUCAGCUUCCUCUUCCUUUUCCUUCUCCCUCCUUAGCGUGUCCUCCGCUUGUCCAGCUGCAGUCGCAGCUACCGUCUGCCUCCUCUCUCCCUGGUCCUGCUCCUUACACUGGUCCGACUGGAGGUCUUACUGAGCGGCGUGAGCCUGCGUCUCGUCCUGCGUUGCCUGAGUCUCGUCCUGAGUCGCCUGUCCGCACUGCUCUCUCUAGUAGUCGAGUCCAGCGUCAGCGUCUUCCUGCUGUCCCAGGCACUCACCGGAUGGCGCUUCGUCCGUCCACUGCUCCACAGCGUGUCCCACUGCCGUCUCCUCCUGCUUCAUCUGUUCCUGCUCUUCCUGACCUUUGGUCAGACUCUUUUCGUGCUACCAGUCCUACUGUCACGCGUCUCCUGGCUACUGUUGUCAGUGACCCUUCCUUUGAGUCUGCUGCUGCGUCUGCCUUAGUUGCUGAGCUUGUCGACUUUGCUGCUCGCUGUCGUCUAGACUACGCUGCUAGCCUAGUUGCUGAGCAGGAGGAGUUUGAGUGCUUUGCUGCCGCUUUGCCCCAUCUCGUGUCCAUGCUUGUUGCCCCUGAGGGAGACCCGGAUGCACAAGACAUCCCGACCCCACGCUCUUACGCAGAGGCGAUGGCUGGUCCCUACUCCUCACAGUGGCAGUCAGCCAUGGACACAGAGAUGGCUUCCUGGAAGUCCACAGGCACCUACGUCGACGAGGUUCCCCCACCUGGGGCGAACAUCGUCAGUGGCAUGUGGAUUUUCAGGGUGAAGCGGCCGCCGGGCUCUCCGCCUGUCUUCAAGGCGCGUUACGUUGCACGAGGCUUCAAUCAGCGAGAGGGAGUUGGCUUCUUCCAGACCUUCUCCCCGACCUCGAAGAUGACCACUCUUCGGGUUCUGCUGCACGUCGCCGCUCAGCGUGACUACGAGCUCCACUCGCUUGACUUCAGCACUGCUUUCCUGCAGGGCAGCCUGGACAAGGAGAUCUGGCUGCGCCGUCCACCUGGCUUCACUGGGUCGUUCCCUCCUGGUACCCAGUGGAGCCUCCAACGGCCAGUCUACGGUCUCCGCCAGGCGCCUCGUGAGUGGCACGACACACUGAGGACUACGCUUGCGGCUCUUGGGUUCGCGCCUUCUACUGCUGACCCGUCGCUGUUUCUACGCACCGACACCUCACUGCCGCCGUUCUACGUCCUUGUGUACGUCGACGACUUGGUCUUUGCCACUGCUGACACUGUGGCACUCGCCCACGUGAAGUCGGAGCUGCAGAAGAGACACACGUGCACAGACCUGGGUGAACUGACAAGCUAUCUUGGCUUGCGGAUCACCCGGGACAUAGCACGCCGCACCAUCACCUUGACUCAGUCACACAUGGUGCAGCAGGUCCUUCAGCGCUUCCGCUUCACAUACUCCUCGCCUCAGCCCACUCCUCUGCCUACCGGUCACUCGCUCUCAGCUCUGCCUUCAAAUGAGUCCGUAGAGCCGAGUGGCCCGUAUCCAGAGCUUGUGGGUUGCCUCAUGUACCUGAUGACCUGCACUCGACCAGACCUUGCAUACCCUCUCAGCAUUCUUGCACGCUAUGUCGCUCCCGGCCGUCACCGGAAGGAGCACAUGGAUGCAGCUAAGUGGGUGUUGCGCUACAUGUGCAGUACGUCGGGCAUGGGGCUAGUGCUUGGAGGGCGAGUCCCAGUUGUUCUCACUGGGCACUCAGACGCUUCUUGGGCAGACGACCAGGCUACUCAGCGGUCGUCUCAGGGUUACUCCUUCAGUCUUGGUUCUGGUUCUGUUUCUUGGCGUUCUACUCGCUCUUCUUCUGUUCUCAGCUCCAGUUGUGAGGCUGAGAUCUACGCCACAGCCAUGGCGGCCCAGGAGCUACGCUGGCUCACCUACUUGCUGACCAACCUUGGAGAGCAGCCUCGUUCUCCUCCAGUGCUGUACGUCGACAACAAGGCAGCCAUUGCCUUGUGUGAGGAGCACAGACUGGAGCAUAGAAGGAAGCACAUUGCUUUGCGUUACUUCCUUGCUCGAGAGUUGCAGCAGCGUGGUCAGCUUCGCCUUCGUUACGUGGCCUCUGAGGCCAACACUGCUGAUGUGUUCACCAAGGCGCUUCAGCCUUGUGACCAUCAGCGCUUUUGCACUCUUCUAGGCCUUGUGCCUACUGGACCUCACUUGCUUACUUCUUGA